GUCUCGGAGUAUACAGCCACUUCAAGGCCACUAGAGGCUCUCUCCACCACAGAUCUCACCCCUACGGAUAUUCAAGAAUAUGUCGUUGCAUGCAUUGCUGAGGUCCAUUUGUUGUCCCCUAGUUGCUCUUACCGCAUCAAUGCCCCUCCCACUGAACGCCCAGCGUGCAUAUAUGCUGACGGGGUCUAUGACCUGCUCCAUUUCGCACAUGUGCUGUUGCUCCGGCAGGCAAAGCUGGCGUUCCUCACUACAAUUGAGAUCAGAGGGAGCCGCACUGAAGUGCUGGGUGUACAUUUGCUGGCUGGUGUUCACUACGAUGAAGUCUGUACUGAGCACAAGAAUAUACCAGUGAUGGGGCGUGAAGGGAGGUGCGAAGCGGUACAACAUUGUCAAUGGGUGGAUGAGGUUAUACCGAAUGCGCCAUGGGUCAUUGAUCAGGCAGCCCUUGACAAGGUAUGCCGUCACUAA